UGUUUUGCGUAGAUAUUUGUGUAUUUUUGCAGAGCGAGCCACGUAGGUCCUACCCAUUGCCGAUAUAAGAUGACCAAUUAAGAUCCCAAUUUUAUAAAUAUUACACCAAAGUUACUAAGGUGUAAGGAUCACAUUCAGAGGCUCAGUUGAAAUACCUAUAGAAAACAUCUAAUGAUGAGAGGACUACAUAAUUCUGUCACAUACAUAAAACCACAAUAAGUUUGUACGGUGGUGGACUCUUAACAGCUACGGAAGCAUUGUGACUACUGUGUAAAAAAAGAUGGCGCCACUUGACUGGGAUCGGAUACUAGCGAUCGAGCCAUCUGACCUGGAUGAAGCGGAAGCUGACAAGCUUUACUCUCCACUAACACAGUUUGAGUUGGCUGGUGAGACUGAGAUCAGUAAGCUGCAGCAGCUUUUCAAGCUCACACAGAGGGUGUUAGAGGUGAAGGGGGGCGAGGCGCAGAUAUACCUGGAAGAACUUGACAAGAUGGCCGAAAAUCAGGGCAAAGCCACUGCACAGAGAGAGCAGGAGCUUGUCAGUGAAGUCACUGAGCUAAAACGGGAUAUCCGGCGGCUGGAGGGGAGUGGCACUGGGGGAACGGAAGACGUGCGGGCGCUGAGGAACGAGAUCCGGGAAGCUGAGCGCAGCAACAGUCUGCUCACGCAGGAGCUGCAGGACAUGCAGAGGGAGCUGAAUGCUGAGAAGCGCAUGGCCGAGCAGUAUGUGUCAAAAGCAGAACAUGCCGAAAAAGAACUGAUCGAAGUCAAGCAACUGUACGAACAGUCUCAGGACGACACACGCGAGCUGCAGAGACAGCUUGAGCUGCAGCGAGACAGCAAGCUGAGCAAGCGCGACGAGGGCAGCGACUAUCGCUCCGUCAUCCGCUACAAGAACAAGGAGCUGAACGAUGCGCUGGAUGAAAUCAACAAUCUGACGGAUGCUAACGACGAGCUGCAGAAGAAAUGCGAGGAGAUGAAAGCGAAGCUGGAAGAAGCCGUGCAGCAGAUGGACAACAUGACCGACGAGUACACGAAACUUCGAGCAGUUCUGCAGCAGUCGGACGAUGGACUGGAUCAUUACAAGAAGGAUAAUGAGAAACAGCGAGCGCAGCUGGAGGACCUCACGCAGCAACAGCAAUCGCGGCGGGACAUCGAGGACGAGGUGAUGGUGGCCGUCAACGCCAAGGUCGAAGAGUGGCAGGCUAUUCUCGCAAAGAAAGACGAAGAGCUGCUGGGAUGCCAGAAGCUGAUUCUGCAGCUUCAGGAGCAGCGGAUGCUGGCCACACUGGAUGCGGAUCGUGCUUCCGUAGCCGUGCUCACGAAGGCCGUGGAGGAGAAAGAUAAGCAGAUAGAGGCGCUUCAGCAGCAGCUGACGCACGUGGCGUCCGACAUGGAGACUAGUGCUGCCCUCAUCGACGACCUUCAGGCACAACUCAGCAAAGGGCCGGCUACGACGGGAUCCGACCGCCAGCAGCAGAGGUUGCUCGAGCUGCGGUCUACGAUCAAGUACAACGCGACUCUGCUGAAGGAAGCCGACACCAGGGUGCACUUGGCGGAGGAAGAUGCGAAAGUUAAGGAUAGACAGCUUGCAGAGGCUCUCAACAGAAUGAGAGAAUACGAAGCGGGCGAGUACGGAUUGGCCGAAGCCGUUUCCGAGAUCAAAGACGGUAAGGUGCAGAUCGGCGUGAGAGACGCACAGGUGGAGGAGCUGACGCGCUACAUCAACACACUCGAGCUGAAGAUGAACGGCAUCUGGGAGGAGAACGAGAACCUACGGGAGAAGCUGGGAAUGGAGCCGACGGAGCCGCUCUCCUUCCGCGAGACGAGCAACAUGAAGAAGCAGCAGGAUAGAGCCGUCAUAAUCACGCUCGAGAAGGAGGUGGAGAAUCUGGAGGAGGAGCGACUAGAGUUGAAGAAGCACAUCAGACAACUCUCACAACUCGCCGGCAAACGGGCCUCAGAGCUGGGUGUGUCUGCAGACGCUCUCGCCAUAUCGCUGAGGGGAAGAGAAACGGGUGUGAGAGAGUCGACCGCACAGUCGCAGCCUUCUACACUUCGUUUCUCGCAGGCAGAAACCAUCAAGAGAGAUGUCGAGUCGGAUCAGUUGAAACAGCAGUCGAAACAACGAGAGAGAGACAUGGAGAAACUCACCAAGAGCCUAGAAGUUGUCAAAGGAACCAGCUCCGCUCAGCAAGCCAUUAUCAGCGAGCUACAGCAGGAGAACAAGAGUCUGGAGCAGGGGAUGAUGGAAAUCUUGGAAGAUCUCAAAGCGAAUGAGAAGAUGGCGGAUGGCACUGCGUUAACAGUCCGCUGUCCCAGCCUGGAGAAAUAUCUCAGCGUGAUGGAGUCACGCGCGGUGACGGGCAGGGUGGACGCUGGCGUGUAUAUGAAAGCACAGGUCGACCAUCUACAGGGACGCUGCGACGAACUCCGGUCCGAGCUGAGGCUGGCGCGUGCGGACGCCACCAGGGGCGCCACCGUCGAGCAGCAGAGCAAGCAGAGGGUGUCUGAACUAGAGGCGGAAUUGCAUCUCUUUGCGCGAGAGUGGAGCGCGUCGUCCUCGGAGCAGACAGCGGCAGCAGUUGAGCUGCGGCAGGCGGACGACAUGUCGUCGUUCAAGAUCCGUGCCCUACAGAGGGCGCUAGAGGACAGCGUCCCGCAGUCGCAGCUGGAGGUGGCCAACCGUCAGUUCACUGACCUGACGGAGAAGUAUCGCGAUCUUCUGCAGCGUAGUAACUCACUCGUUGACAAGACUGAGCGAUCGACGCAGCUGGAGGCUGAGUUGGCCCAACUGCAAGAAGAUAGCUGUGCUCUGAAGAAGGAGCUGGAGACGGAGAAGGAGAGGAGACAUGCAUAUGAAGCUGCAGUGGAGAAGCUUUCAGAGCAGGGGAGGGAGGGCGUGGCACGGGCGACGUCGGACGAGGCAACCGCGUCGCUAGCCAAGCAGCUCGCCGUCGUCGAGAUGAAGGAGCUGAACGAGCGGCAGCGCGCUGACCAUGCCGGCGCCACCUAUGAGCGCCAGAAGCAGAACCUGCGCCACCUGGAGGAUCGAAACGUCGAGCUCGAGGAGAAGUUUGCGGCGGUUGCGAAAAUGAACGUGGAGGCGCAGAAGCUUGAGCGGAAGCUGAGAGACGAGCUGGAGGGAUGCGUAACCAAGGCAGCCAGCGAUGCUGACAAAAGCAAGCUGGCUGAGCUGGAGACGACUGAGGCCUCUCUACGUGUAGAGAUGUCAAAACUGAGAGAAGUAGCAGAGAUCGCGACAUUUCAACGGCAGGCGACCGAAGCAAUGCAGACGUCGCGAGAGAAAGAGGUGACGUCGUUACGGCAACAGCUGCUGGACAUACAGGUGCAGAGCGAUGAGAAGACAGUGAUCGGCAAGCUGCAUCAUCAGCUGGUGGCUCUGCAGGUCAGUGAAGGCCUAGCUGUACGUAAGCUCGAGAAAUCAACUAAUCAAGUUAGCAAGCUUACUGCACAGAUACUCAGGCUAGAGCAGAGGCUGGACGAGAAGGACCAGAGGCUCUUCCACCUCGGCCAGGAGUCGCGCAGCAAGGUCGCCUACCUCAAGGUGACCUUGCACGACGUCCGGCGGAGCUACGCCGGCGCCGUCCCGCUCGACAAGCAGGAGCGAUUCUCGCUCACCCUGCUCGCGCUCGUUGAGGAGCGGGACCGAGCGGAGCGCGAGCGCCGCGCCGCCGCCGAGCAGCGCCACCUGGCGGAGUUAUUGCCUCUUGCUAUUUCAGGUGAGCUGUCUAAGAGGGACGAGCUCGUCUCUAAGCAGGAGGACAUGCUCGAGAGUUACCGACGUAAGCUGGCAGUUGUCCGCCAUCAGCAGGGGCUUCUUUACAAAGAGCAUUUACAAGCCAAGGAGGAUUGGGAUAAGGAAAGGAGCGCGUCGGCGUCGGAGCAGCAGCGGCAGGAUGAGCGGGCGGAGGCGGACGCCGCGCGGCUUCGCGAGUUCGACCGGCUGCUCGACACGCUCGCGUGCGACGACGCGGGCGGGGGGGAGACCGCGGCGGCGGCUGCGGCGAGCGAGCGGCGCGGCGCCGUGCUGCGAGCGACACGAGGCGUCAUGGCGCGCCCGGCUACACGUCACGCGAUCGUCGAGGCCGAGCGGGCGGCGUGCCGCGAGAACGCCCGCCUGCGUGCCGACGCCGUCGCUAUGGAGACGGCAAUCGCAGAGCGCCUCGGAUACCUGCAGCGGCACAAGGACAUGUCGUCGUUCAAGAUCCGUGCCCUACAGAGGGCGCUAGAGACAGCGUCCGCGCAGUCGCCAGCUGGAGUGGCUCCCAACCGUCAGUUCACUGACCUGACGGAAGAAGUAUCGGCGAUCUCUGAGCGUAGUAACUCACUCGUUGACAAGACUGAGCGAUCGACGCAGCUGGAGGCUGAGAGUCUGGCCCAACUGCCAAGGCGAGAUAGCCGGCAGGUGUGCUCUGACAGAAGGAGCUCGGACGAGGAGAAGGAGCAAGUGACGAACAUCGCAUAUGAAGCUGCAUGGAGAAGCUUCAGAGCAGGCCCCACGAAUGGCAAGUUGCCAGACGAUCGCGACAUUAUUUCAACGGCAGCGCGAUCCGAAAGCAAUUGCAGGACGUCGCGAGGAGAGAAAGGUGGCACGGCCGGUGGGCUGACGUCGUGUCAGGCCAGACAGCUGCCUGGGAACAGUACAGUGUGCAGAGCGAUUCGAGAAGACAGUGAUCGAGCUGAGCCGCUUCGCUACGGUGGUCUCGCAGCUGUUCAUUUGAGGAGCAACCCGCUGCCUGAGUACGGUAGCUCGCAUGCGGGAAUCAAACUAAUCAAGUUAGCAGGCCUUACUGCACAGAUACUCAGGCAGAGGCUGGACCGAGAAAGGACCAGAGGCUUCUUCCAGCCUCGGCAGGAGUCGCCGCAGCAAGUCGACCUACCUGUCAAGGUGACCUUGCACGACGUCCGGCGGAGCUACGCCGGCGCCGCAUCCGCUCGACAGCAGGAGCGAUUCUCGCUCACCCUGCUCGCGAUCGUUGAGGAGCGCGACCGAGGCGGAGGGGGAGGAAGGUGGGAGGAGGACCGGUGGGUUGAGGAGGGGGAGGAGGGCCCGGUGGCAGGAGAGGGCCGCGAGAUCGAGAAGCUGAGGGAGCUGGUACGCAGCGUGCAUGAUGGGGUGGUGAGAGGGGAGGAGGGGUGGCAGGAGGGCCGCGAGAUCGAGAAGCUGAGGGAGCUGAUAUCCUUCCUAGAGGCAUGCGUGAAAAGCCGUGAGGCGUCCAUCACGAACCUGGAGGCUGACAAUGUUAGACUCGCGCACAAUCACGAGGAGAGACAGCUGGCGUGGGAGCACAGGGAGGUGGAGCUGGAGAGGGUCGUUGAGAGGCUGGAGAGACAGCAGGAGCUCAUCGUCGGUGCCACCUCUCAGUUUGAGGAAGCUGUUGGCAGUUUGCCAAACCCAGACCAGCCUGUGGCAAGCCAGCUCGAACAGGCUGUUACAACCAUCAAAAGAAAUGUUCACGUCAUUUUGGAAACACAGAAGCAAGCAAAGAUUAUGAAGGAGGAGAAGGAGGACCUGGAGAGGAGACUGCAGGAGGCUGAGCGGGGCAUCCUCUCCCGCGACCGCGUCAUCGCAGAGCUGCGUCUACGCAUGCCAGCCUCCGCCGACAGGGACCGCCUCGUCGUCGAGGCAACGCGACGCUCGGCUGCACAGGCCGCGAUGCCGGCGGCCGAAUACGAGAGCAAUCAGGGGCUGGCCAUCGCCAAGGAGACGGUAUCAAGCUUACAGACGCGUCUCUCGCACAAGGAGGAGACGGUUGUUAAGUACCAGGAGUUCCUGACGGUGGCGCGUGAGGAGAUGAGGCAGCUGCGGCUGCGCCACGAGCAGCAGCUACGCGCGAUGCAGCAGCAGCUGCAGCGGCAGCAGGAGCACGAGUUUGCACACUUCAAACAGGCGGCGAUGGAGCUGAUCAACAAACCCGGCACGACGGUGCCCACCAACAAGCAGGCGAGCGGAGGCGCGCUGCAUGGAGUCGCCGCGGGGGGGGGGGAUGGGGCUCAGCAAGAGCAGUCGUUGACGUCAGCACAAAACUCCACCAAUUGUGGGCUGUUGCUAACUUGGGGCCUUGAUAAGCCUAGUGCUGUGCUGAACUUUGGGGCCAUGAUAAGAGUGGAGGAGGAGCAUCGGGCGGCAGAGAGCCGGCUGUGCGUGCGGGCGGAGGAAGUGGAGCGGCGGCUGCGGGAGAGCGUGGAUGAGGCGGCGGCACUGCGCGCGCAGCUAGACGAGCAGCGGUCAGCUCUCACUCGCUCGCCUUCCUCCAGCAUGAGACAGCUCGUCGAACGACUGAAGACACAACUCACCAGCAAGGAGAAGGAGUAUCAGGCUCUCAGCAAAGCCCUCGCUGAACUGAGGUCUGACAUGGUGCAGGCUGCGCAGCAGAAUGUGCUGAGUCAUGCUGCGACAUCUGUAGACGCCACCAACGUACAGCGACUCGUCGACAAGCAGACGAAACAACUGAAGAGCAGAGUUGCCGAACUAGAGGGUCAGCUCGUGCGACUCAAGAAGGAACCGAGAAAAGCGAGAGAUGGGAUGGCGGAGGCGAGCGACUUCAAGCAGCAGUCACUGAGGAAGGACGACGUCAUACAGCGGCUGAAAGUCGAGAAGACGCAACUGGAGGAAGAGAUAGAAGCGCUGAAGCAAAAGGUUCAGAGGGUGGUCGCGCACAGAAACACUAGAACCGAGGGAGCGGAGUAUCAGAACGAGGUGGGCGAGCUGAGGAGGAAGGUCUCACAUCUAGAAGAGCAGUUACAGAAACAGAAGGCGGAGAAACCGCUCGAGCGCGAGCCGUUAAAGAAGGGUGCUGAUGAGAUCGUGCGCUGGGAGGAGAAGAAAAAGUGGCAGAAGGCAGUGGAACGACUGAAAGCAAAGAUAACCGAGAAAGAGAAAGAGACGGAAAACCAACAACAGACUAUAACGAGCCUUAAGGAGCAUUUAACAAGAGCCGAGCGGGUGAAAACUGCAGCUGACAAAGGCGUGAAAUGGGCCAGCGCGCGCGAUGAAUCCAUUCAGAAGUUAAAGAAAAAUUUGUUCGAUGUGGAAGAGGAGAACGCUGCCCUGAAGCGGAAGGCGGUGCCAGAAGAUGGCGCCACUGUGCAGCAUCUAGAGAUGGCGAAUAAAUCUCUCGUGGAGAGGUUGCAGGAAGUGGAGAGACAGCUGCAUCGACCUGAGGCUAGGCUCGCCACGCCAGGCUCAGAGUCGGCUCUCUUCGCCGAGAUGCAGGAGCGAGAAGCCAAGCUGCAGAAGAAGAUUCUCAGGCUGACACGCGAGGUCGCCGACUUGACGUGCGAGGCCGAGCAAGCGAAGACCGACGUGCCACGGCUGCAGGGGAGAGUUAAGGACUUGGAGCACUAUGUUGAAGUGUUGAAGAGUGAGCAGGGAGAGAGAGCACCCUCUGCAGCCUCAUCACAGUCUGCAAGCAAUCUGAAACGAAUCGGCAUGAGUGGCAAGAGUGCAGUAGAGUUGGAGAAGACUAUUAGCCUUAUGAAGAAGGUAAUAGAGCGUCUGCAGGCAGAGAACGAGGUGCUGAAGAAAUCCUCCCAGACGAACCAGCAGUUGGAUGCCCUGCGCAAGGAGAAAGUCCUGAGGGAGCGAUUGCAAUCGAAUGUGGAUGCUACAGAGCAAGCUGUUGCUAAAUUAACUUUAGAAAAUGACAGACUCCAGCGAGAUUUAAAGAAGGAAGUAGAAGUGAAUCAGAGCUUGCGCAUUGAACUUGGAAGUCUACAGGUGACUAACAACGAACUAGAGCGUAGUCUGCUCGAACUUGAAACAAAGGUUCCAGCUAAGCCAGUGCGAAUGUCUGUUGCCUCGCGUAUGAUGGAGGAGAGAGUCUCACAACUUGAAAGUGCUCUUAAAAUGAAGAGCGAGCAGUUGUCGAGACUGCAGGAAAACAACAGGCAGCGCAGAGAGGAGGCUGGCUGGGAUGAGCAGACGCCGAAAAAUAGCGCCGUCUAUAGGAGCAUGAUGAAUGAAAACAUUGACCUGAAGGUGGCACUGAGGAGUGCGCAGCAGGAGAAUGAGCAGCUCAGAAGUGACAGCUCCAAGAUGAGGAAAGAGCUGGGAAAUUUCGACCCGUCGUUUUUUGAAGAAUUGGAAGAUCUUAAGUACAACUACCAGCAGGCUGUGCAGAAGAACUCUCAGUAUGAAGAGAAGCUGACUCAACUCUCUCAUCAGUUCGGCAUCGAUGUCCAGAUACCGGGAAUAUGAGCUAUCGUAUUUAGUCUUGCCUCUAAAAUGAUUUAUCCAGUUAUAAGCCAUAUCGGAAAGUCCCCGCCGCCAUAUUGAGAUCAGAUAAGAAGGGGUAUAAGUUGCCCUUUUAUAACAUAGUUAGGAUAGGACUGGUCUAGGUUUUUGAUCUAUAAUUCUCUUCACUAACAUCGUACUUCAAUUCACAGGUGCGUUUCUGAUU